AUGCGUUCUGUUAGCUCUGUUGUAGUUUCUGCGCUCUCUCUGGCCUCUGUUCUUGGGGGCGUGAGUGCUGCUCCUGUGGCAGAUACAUGUCGGAAUCCAAUUGUGCGCAAAGAAUGGAGAACAUUAAAGGACUCUGAAAAGGCGAGCUACAUCACCGCCGUAAAGUGUCUGCAAACAACCCCAUCAAUUGCUACCGCCACAAUCCCGAACGCAAUCAACCGGUUCGAUGACUUCCAGGGUGUCCACAUCCAGCGGACGUUCCAGAUCCACUUUGUCGGACACUUCCUUGCAUGGCACAGAUACUACGUGGCCGCCUACGAGAAAGCUCUCCGCGAAGAAUGUGGCUACAACGGCGCUCAGCCAUACUGGGACUGGACCUUGGACUCCUCCGACUUCCUCUCCUCCCCGUUAUGGGACCCCACCACCGGCUUCGGCGGCAACGGGGCGACCAUCCCGGCGACCAAUAACAGCUUUGCUGUUCCUGGGGCAACAGGCGGGGGCUGUGUCUCGGACGGCCCAUUCGUAGACUUCCGGCUCCAUCUUGGACCUGGAGACUCCUUAAAUGCGACUAGUCGUUGCCUCACCAGAGGAUUCAGUCCUGUCAUUGCCGCGAACUUCUCGAAUACGGCAAAGGUGGACCGUGCGCUUGCACAGGUCGACUUUGGCUGGUUUGACAAGAUUGUAGAGGGAGAGACGAACUUUGUCAAUGUUGGUAUUCACGGCGGUGGGCAUUACUCCAUUGGUGGAGAGGCCGGCGAUCUUUAUGCCAGCCCUGGAGACCCGGUUUUCUACCUCCACCACGCAAACCUUGACCGCGUCUACUGGCUUUGGCAGUCGCAGAACCUUGCGGCAAGACUCCUCGAUAUCUCUGGGUCGGUCGAGCUGCUAGGACCCAUAACCGGGCCGAACGUGACACUGGAUUUCCCGAUCGAGAUGGGCCCGUUGGCGAAGAACAUCACGGUGAGGAAUCUGAUGGACAUCCAGGGAUUGGCGGCGGGGACCGGGCCCUUGUGUUACGAGUAUGCGGAUAGCCCGGCAGUGGAUGAUGAUGACUCGGACGAUGAGGGUGAGAAUGAUAAGUGUUGA